AAGACAUCAAAGUAAACUAGAGCGCGUCUGCUGCUGCUGCUACCACUGUAGAGAGAGAGAGAGAGCGAGGAUGGACGGGCAGAGAAGAGGCGGAAGAGGUUACAAUUCGGGUCCGGGUCGGAACCCACCCGGAGCUCCUCCUCCUCCCCCUCCUAAAUCCCUCAAUCAAGAACCAAUCGAUCGCGAAAAGACAUGCCCGCUAUUGCUUCGUGUAUUUACUAAGGUUGGCGGUCAUCAUUCUAAUGAAGAGUUUUCAGUGAGGGGGAAGGAGCCUAAAGAUGAGGUCCAAAUUUAUACAUGGAAGGAUGCUACACUACGCGAGCUAACUGAUCUAGUUAAAGAGGUUGCUCCAGAGGCCAGAAGAAGAGAUGCAACGCUGUCCUUUGCUUUUGUAUAUCCUAGUAAAACUGGUCGGCUUGUUGUUAGAGAGGUCGGAAGAACAUCUUCUGUUCCAAAUCCAAGAAGACCAGACGAUAGUAAAUUGGCAUUGAGGGACGUUGACUUUGAGAUUGGAGAUUACCUGGAUGUGGCGAUUCUGUAGAGUGGAUUUUGUCGUGCUCGAUCCCCCAGCACUCUUAUUGGAUUCUGUAGAGUGGAUUUUCUCGUGCUCAAUCACUUUGCUACCCAUUUCCAACACCUAAAUGUUCUACAGCACAAUGAUCUGAAUUUUGUUGUUGAUACAAUGGCACCCUUGCAUUGAUCACAUCGUCUGAUGACAAUGUUGGAUUUAAAAUACACUUCUAGAUUGUGUAUGCAAUACUUAAGUUUUUUAUCUAUUUGCUUUUCAACUCGCA